UGAGUUUUUUUUUGACCAAAAACUUUAGGGGGCCAACAAAAAUCACUCGCGGGCUGAUUUUGGACCACUGGCCGCCUGUUGCCGACCCCUUUCCUAGGGCCAAUCCAUACCAACUAUCUUUAACAUAUCUUUUAUAUUGGGUGAAUAACAAACCAUGGUAUUACAGUAAUUUGUUUCUCAGUAAUUUGUUUCUCAGUCUCUUUCCUGCCAGGAAAGGGUGGUGGUGGUGGACAGUAAAAUAAAUGAUUAACCUUGAGGUGUGUUCACACACUGUGGCUCAUAGCUGCCUUGGUUGAACAUUGUGUGUUCACUCACUCCCUCUGAUUGACUUGAAGACUUGUUUCUUAACACCCACCCUACCUUACAGUUGGCAUGGUUCCAUCUUGUGCAUGUUGCUGUGUACCCAAACACAGGUCACUGACCAAAAUGUAGACAAAAAAAGUGCAGGGUUAAUGGUCUUUCCUGGAGUUUUUACAAUGUAAAAUACGUAACCAUGUCUGUGUUUAGGAACGUUUCAUGGUUGUUUAGAGGGACAUUGCUUGUGUGAAUACUGCUCAUAUGUGUGAAACUGUUGUCUUUUUGUGGUAUUGUUAGUAGAGGUCGACCGAUUUAAUUAGGGCUGAUUUCAAGUUUUCAUAAAAAUCUGUAAUCUGCAUUUUUGGACACCGAUUGUGGACCAUUUUUUUUUUUUACCUUUUAUUUAACUAGGCAAGUCCGUUAAGAACACAUUCUUAUUUUCAAUGACUACCUAGGAACGGUGGGUUAACUGCCUUGUUCAGGGGCAGAACAACAGAUUUUUACCUUAUUAGCUCGGGGAUUCGAUCUUGCAACCUUCCGGUUACUCAUCCAACGCUCUAACCACCUGCCUUACAUUGCACUCCACGAGGAGCCUGCGUGGCAGGCUGACUACCUGUUACGCGAGUGCAGCAAGAAGCCAAGGUAAGUUGCUAGCUAGCAUUAAACUUAUCUUAUAAAAAACAAUCAACCUUAACAUAAUCACUAGUUAACUACACAUGGUUGAUAUUACUAGUUUAUCUAGCGUGUCAUGUGUUGCAUAUAAUCGAUGCGGUGCCUGUUCAUUUCUCAUUGAAUCACAGCCUACUUCUCCAAACGGGUGAUGAUUUAACAAGCGCAUUCGUGAAAAAAUCACUGUCGUUGCACCAAUGUGUACCUAACCAUAAACAUCAAUGCCUUUCUUUAAAAUCAAUACAAAGUAUAUAUUUUUAAACCUGCAUAUUUAGUAAAUAUUGCCUGCUAACAUGAGUUUCUUUUCACUAGGGAAAUUGUGUCACUUCUCUUGCGUUCCGUGCAAGCAGUCAGGGUAUAUGCAGCAGAUUGGGCCGCCUGGAUCGUUGCGAACUGUGUGAAGACCAUUUAUUCCUAACAAAGACCGUAACAUAACAUUGAAGGAAACGGCAGAUGUAUGUGGACCAGCGUUGGCAGGACGUCCAUGUGGGGGACUUUGUCCGUCUGUCCUGUAAUGAGAUCAUCCCUGCAGACAUGCUGCUGCUAUACUCCUCUGACCCCCACGGCGUCUGCUACAUCGAGACGGCCAACCUGGACGGGGAGACCAACCUCAAACAGAGACAAGUGGUCAGAGAUCUGCCACAACAGGGUUCUGAGUUGACUCCAGAGAACUUUCACAGCCGCAUUGAAUGUGAGAACCCCAACAACGACCUCAGCAGGUUCCGAGGUUUCAUGGAGUACCCCAGUAAGGCUCGUGUGGGCUUACACAACAACAACCUCCUUCUGCGAAGCUGCACCAUCCGCAACACGGAGACCGUCAUAGGCAUUGUGGUCUAUGCAGGUCACGAGACCAAAGCCAUGAAGAACAACAAUGGACCGAGGUAUAAACGCAGUAAAUUGGAGCGCAGGCUGAACGUGGACGUGCUGUGGAGCGUUGUCCUGCUGGUCAUCAUGUGUCUGACUGCUGCUAUAGGCCAUGGUCUCUGGCUCAGGAACCUGAAGGACACUUCCUUUCUGAUCCCUGAUACCACGUCUCCUGCCCUUUCUGGCUUCUACCUGUUCUGGACCAUGAUCAUAGUUUUACAGGUGCUCAUCCCCAUCUCCCUGUAUGUGUCCAUCGAGAUCGUCAAACUGUGUCAAAUCUUCUUCAUCCAGAACGAUGUGGACUUCUAUAAUGAGUAUAUGGACUCCAGGAUCCAGUGUCGGGCCCUGAACAUCACAGAGGACCUGGGUCAGAUUCAGUAUGUGUUUUCAGACAAGACUGGCACGCUGACAGAGAACAAGAUGGUGUUCAGGCGCUGCACCAUUGCUGGGGUGGAGUACCCCCACGAGGAAAAUGCGAGGAGGCUUGAAGUGUACGAGGAGGAUGAGGCGAUGGGUUGCUCCCAUACGCUCAAGUCACGUGCCAGCGCCAAGUCCCUGAGCUGCAAGUCACUCAGCUGCAACCGCAGCUCUGUGUCCCUGCACACACUGACAGGCCACUCUGAGGGGGAGGAGUCACCCAGCCCCACCCUGCCCCAACACAGCGCCUUCAGUAGCCCCAUGGAGAAGGAUAUAGUCCCAGACCCUCUCCUGGUUCAGAAGCUGAACUGUCUGUCCUCUCCACUCUUCCUUCUGAGGGACGCCAGUAUGGAGCUCACCUACAUCGUUGACUUCUUCAUGGCCCUGGCCAUCUGCAACACGGUAGUUGUGUCUUCUCCCAACCAGCCCCGCCAUGUGGUCGAGGUGCCUGAGGUCUCCCGUACCCCCCUUAAAUCCCUGGAGGACAUCAAGAUGCUGUUCCAGCGUUUUGGCCUCCCCCGCUUCUCCACACUCUCUCCUCCACACACUACAGAGAGCCCUCGCAGCUUCACACGCAGGCUCUUUUCCAGGGGCAAAGCAGCCUCCUUCACCCCCAGCCCCUCCCCUACCCCCACCAAGCUGGGUACAGAGCCAGAUGGGGAGCCUAACCUUGAGGCCUCCAUCCUAAGUAUCAAACCAGGGCUGGAUGGGGUCCCUGGAGAGGAUGGGGACCAAGGGUAUGAGGAGGAGGGAGAGCAUGGCUCUUGGAAAGGUGAAGAGGACAAGAUGUUACACCUCAACCCGGGGGCCUGGAGCGGGCUGGAGAACUCAAACGGAGGCGAAGGCCCUCCCAGUGAACCUGGGGCAGAUGAACUGAUCUAUGAGGCGGAGAGCCCUGACGAGGCGGCUCUGGUCCACGCGGCCAGGGCCUACCGCUGCACCCUGCAGGGACGCUCACUCGAGCGCCUUCUGGUGGAGCUGCCAGGGAUGGGCAGCCUGGCUGUGCGCCUGCUCCAUAUCCUGCCCUUCGACUCCACUCGCAAGAGGAUGUCUGUGGUGGUCCGCCACCCGCUCACCAACCAGGUGGUGGUCUACACCAAGGGAGCCGACUCGGUCAUCAUGGACCUGGCAGAGUCACCAAAAGGUGCUGAGCAGUCAGAUGGGAGACAGGGUCACAUCAGAGAACAAACCCAGAAACACCUAGACAACUACGCCAGGGAAGGCCUUCGCACCCUCUGCAUCGCUAAGAAGGUGUUGGAGGAGGAGGAGUAUGAAAUUUGGUUGAAGCGUCAUGCAUUUGCAGAGACCAGUAUAGAGAACAGAGAGGAGCUUCUACUGGAGUCUGCACAGAGACUGGAAACCAACCUCAUGCUACUGGGGGCAACAGGGAUUGUGGAUAGACUGCAGGAAGAGGUGCCAGAGACCAUUGAGGCACUACAGAGAGCAGGGGUCAAAGUAUGGGUCCUCACAGGGGACAAACAAGAGACUGCCAUAAAUAUCGCCUGUGCCUGCAAACUGCUCAGGACCACAGACCAACUGCUGACUGCUAACUGUGAUAGCAAGGAGGCCUGCAAGGCCUUGUUGCUGGAGCUGCGGGCGGAGGUGGAGCGUGGCGAGGCAGCUGAGGGCACGUCAGGCUUCACCCUGGUGGUGGACGGGCGCACCCUGGACUUCGCCCUGCAGGAGGACCUGAAAGGGGACUUCCUGGAGCUGAGCCGGCGCUGCAGGGCCGUGGUCUGCUGCCGCUCCACUCCACUUCAGAAGAGCCAUGUGGUACAACUGGUACGGGACCAGCUCCGAGUCAUGACCCUCGCCAUAGGUGAUGGAGCCAAUGAUGUCAGUAUGAUCCAGGUGGCAGAUGUUGGCAUUGGGAUAUCUGGUCAGGAGGGCAUGCAGGCUGUGAUGUCCAGUGACUUUGCCAUCUCCAGGUUUAAACACCUCCGCAAGCUGCUGUUGGUCCAUGGCCACUGGUGCUACACACGCCUGGCCAACAUGAUUCUCUACUUCUUCUACAAGAAUGUGAUGUAUGUGAAUCUGCUGUUCUGGUACCAGUUCUUCUGUGGUUUCUCGGGGAGCGUCAUGACCAACUCCUGGGUGCUCAUCUUCUUCAACCUCCUCUUCACCUCCGCCCCUCCCCUUCUCUACGGGAUCCUGGACAAAGACGUGUCUGCAGAUACCCUCAUUAAGUUACCGGAGCUCUACAAAUCCGGACAGAAUUCCAAGGCCUACCUCCCUUCUACCUUCUGGCUGACGAUGCUGGACGCUCUUUACCAAAGCCUUGUCUGUUUCUUCAUUCCUUACUUUGCAUAUGCAGGGUCAGAUGCAGACAUGCUCUCCUUUGGGUCUCCCAUCAACGCCUCGGCCCUCCUCAUCAUCCUACUACACCAGGUCAUCGAGAGCCGCACACUGACAUGGCUACAUGUGUUAGUGCUGGUGGGUAGUGCUCUCUUCUACUUCUCUUUCACCCUGGUCUUCAGUGUGGUGUGUGUGACGUGUAGUCCCCCCACCAAUCCCCUUGGUGUGGACAAGCUACAGAUGUCCCAACCACUUUUCUAUGGAGUAUGUGCCCUCACCACCGUGCUGGCACUGCUACCAAGAUUCCUGUUCCAUGCAUUGCACAACAGCAUCUCCCCCUCUGACACACUGAAAGCUGCUCUGAUGGACCAGCUCAACCCAGACAACUACUGUAGGAGGAUGCAGCACUGGAACCAGACCCAGGCCCAGAGUAAAGCCAGGGGUCUCAUCAUCAACGUGGAAGACUUGGACAUCAAGAUCCCUGACUUUAUACUCCCUAAAGAGCUGAAGGAAUGCAGAGCUGCCACUGGCUCUGUGCUCUCCUGACCUCAGAGGCUACAGGAGGUGGCUACAAUAGAAAGAAAAGAAUAUUCCCCAUUCAAGUCAUUGAUGGCAUAAAUAGUAGCCAUUGUGAGUGUACUCUUAGGAGCAAAGAAGGAAGUAAAAGCUGGAAGUUUACCCAUCAAUUUGUGCUGUGAUUUGUUGAAUUAACUCAACUGACAUUACAAAAAAUACAUUCCAUUGCAUGAGCCACAUCAGUUAGCAUCAUUUACCUGUCAAAUUGCAAGGGUUAGAGGUUCCAAGCCUGUGCUAUUCAUUAUUUACAUGGUGGCUUCAGGGUUCAGCCCUAACACCCUUCAAAGCUAGCUGGCUUGCUGCCUUGCAUGCGUUGCUCACUGGUGUUGGUUAAGAUCCCCAUGCUGUCUAUCCAGGGCAAAGAGAUGGAUGUUUCUCACAUGUGCCUAGAGUUGCAUUAACAUGGAGUCAUGGUCCCUUGAGAAAAGAUUGGUGAUGUGGACACAUAUUUAUAAAUGUGUGUCUGCUGUGUGGUAGGACUUUGACACAAUCCAGUGUCCAUGGUGAAGAAGUCCCUUCAUAGUGCACCUUACCCGAACACUGCUAGGUGUGGUCCACUCUGGCCCUCUUCAAUGUGCACUGAGCAUGUAGAGAACAGAAGGCUAUUCAUUAUCAUUAUUAGUUAUCAAAGCGCUGCUUUGUUGAGAAGGGUGGAAUUAUAUGCAGGAGUUUGGAAUGUUUUUACAAUCCUUGAGCUGCGUACACUUAUUUUUAAAGUUAGCAUCAAGAUAUGACUCCUUUUGUGUUUAGGCACAACUAUUCGAUGUUGGCGUGUCUUAAACAAACACUCCAAAAUAACAUUGUAAAUGAUGCAUAUGAACCUUGGACACAGAGGUCCCAUUGAAGGGCUAGACCAAAUCAAAAUGCUGUAAAGUGGCCUUUUCCUCCUGAAUCACACUUGAAUUAAUUUUGACUGGAGUUUAAAUGGAUUUGGCAUGGACCUGACCUUUCUCACCACUGUUUUCCUCUGACCUUUAGUUGAGUAAAGCAGUCCACUAAAACAUGGGAUAUAUUUAUUUAACAUGUAUUUCCUUGUUGAGAUACAAUCUCUUUUUGAGAAAGUCCUGACCAAAGUGGUAGCACAUGUUUAGUUACAAGACAAGAACCAAAAUGCUAUGUACAGUUACACACUGACAAAAUGAAAAUGAAAUGUGGGAAUUGACUGAGGGCCUGGGGCUUCUAAAGCAAGACAACCAAAAGUGCAACUUAGUAGGAGGAUUCAGGUAUGGCCCUCUAUGUGAAGUAGGCAGUGGUGUAAAGUACUUCAGUAAAAAAUAUUUUAAAGUACUACUUCAGUUGUUUUUUGGGGAUAUCUUUACUAUUUAUAUUUUUGACAACUUUUACUUUACUACAUUCCUAAAGAAAACAAUGUACUUUUUACUUAAUACAUUUUCCCUGACACCCAAAAGAAUCAUUACAUUUUGAAUGCUUAGCAGAACAUGAAAAUUGUCCAAUUCACACACUUAUCAAGAGAACAUCCCUGGUCAUCUCUACUGCCUCUGAUCUGGCAGACUCACUGAACACAAAUGCUUUGUUUGUGAAUUAUGUGUUUGAGUGUGCCCCUGGCUAUCUGUAAAUUAGAAAACACAUUGUGGUUUGCUUAAUAUAAGGAAUUUGAAAUUAUUUAUAAUAAGUAUAUUUUAGCAAUUACAUUUACUUUUAAUACUUAAGUAUAUUUAAAACCAAAUACUUUUAGACUUUUACUCAAGUAGCAUUUUACCGGGAGAAUUUCACUUUUACUUGAGUCAUUUUCUAUCAAGGUAUCAUUAAGUGUGACAAUUGAGUACUUUUUCCACCACUGGAAAUAGCCUUUACAAAUGUUCUCUUGAGUUUGCCUGGAUAAGGCAUUGGCAUUCAUAUCUACUUCUGAGAAGUGACGUUUUUCUCUACCACAUGCAAUUCUGACCUGGUUUGGUCUUUUUUAGACAGAUCAUCCUCUAUUUUAUGUGGUAACAUUAGACUGAUGUAAUUUUUUUUAAAUAGAUUUUUACAGUACAAUAAUGCAUAUCAAAUCCUGUACAACAUGGCAAAGGCAGCUGAUUUGAAUAUAGUCCAAUUGGAAACGUUUCAGAGCAAUGAUUAGAAGUCAUUAUUUAAUAUCAACUUAAUUCCAAAUGUGUGUACUGUAUCAGAUAUUGGUAUAAAUACAUUAGCAACUCAUGUGUUCUGUAUCAUGUUAAUUAUUUGAGUUUAGUGUUAUUAAACGUCUGAUGUUCA